UUGUCACUCUGCAAUCAUAAAUUAUUAUGAGAACAAGAAAUGAGGAUAUAUUUGAUGUCGAGACCAUUUGACAGAUGCACAAUAACGUCAUCCGUGUCUUCAUCCUAGCAAACAAUAAUGGCGACUUCCAUGGAGCUGAGAUGCUGGGGGGGCGACUGGGGCUUGCCCUCUGUCCAUACUGAAUCUCUUAUAGUACUGGCAUAUGCCAAGUUUUCUGGCGCAAAUAUCACAGUCUCUCCAAUCGACAGGACAUGGAGAACUCUAACAUCUCCAGUCCCGGAGUUAGUGUGUGAGGGCUCCACACUGACAGAGCCCUCUCAGAUCCUGGCUUUCCUCAGGAAGCAGAGGUUUAAUGCUGAUUAUGAACUGACAGCCAGACAGGGAGCUGACACCAUGGCUUACACUGCUCUGCUGGAGGAGAAACUACGACCAGCUCUGUUACACACGUUCUGGGUGGAUGCAGAAAACUACUCUAACCUGACCCGGCCCUGGUUCGCUUCCCGCUCUCCUUUCCCCCUCAACUUCUUGGUUCCUGGUCGCCGUUCCAACGCAGCACUCUCCCGUAUCCUGCUGACUAAGAGUGAAUCUCCUCUAUACAGCAUCACUGAGGUGGAAGGCAAGAUCUACAGUGAAGCUAAGGAAUGUCUGAAUCUUCUGUCUCACAGACUAGGGACAGCAAACUACUUCUUUGGCAACUCGCCCUCCAGUCUGGACGCGUUUGUGUUUGGCUUCUUGGCUCCGCUCCACAAAGCCAGUCUUCCCAGCAGCCCACUGCAGAGUCAUCUCCGACAGCUGACCAACCUCACCACCUUCUGUGACAACAUCCUUGUCAACCACUUCAGCUCCAGUCGCCCAGCCUCUCCCCAGCCCGUCCAGGAGACAAUGGAUGCCAACCUGCAGAAGCUAACCCAGCUGGUCAACAAGGAGUCCAACCUGAUUGAGAAAAUGGAUGAUAACCUUCGCAGCAGCCCCCAGCACAUACCAUGCAGACCAGACGCCAAACGCAGACCAGACGCCAACGAAAAGAGCUCUACCCCGGCCUAACCCCUCCCUUCUGACCCCAAACCCGUUCUGGCCAACGACAAGUGCACAGCCCCAUCAGACAUGCUGUAUCCGUUUCUGAUACUAGAGGAGAAAACUAGACAGAUAACAUGUAAACCGGCUUGAACGGAUUCUAAUGACCUAAAGGGAAAUGUUCAGCACGGUCAAUUCCUAUCAUGAGACAUUCUUCCAUUUUCCACAAUGGCAGCGAUAUCUUUUUAAGAAAUAUGGUUUGGUUUUUAUUGGGAUAAGCAGAAGAGCAUGUGGAAGCAGAGGGCCUUGUGCAUGUUUAGUAUGUUAUUCAUGAAGGUGCUCUGGGUUCUAGCCACCCAAUGAGAAGGUUUGAGGGAGGAAACAGUAAAUGAAGCAGUGAUGUUUGAGUCCCCACUGCACCAAACCACCAGCUGGGGUGGUGUCUGGCUACUACAGCCAUCAUAUGUUAGGACUACAGUAAUGUGGGACUAUUCUGGGGGGGGGGGGGGCAAUGUGACAUUUGGCCAAUCCCAAAGUAUUCAUAUUCAGUUUAUGUUGACACUGCAAGCCUUAGUGCUCAAUUUAUUGCUAAUAUCUGUUCCUUUGGCUUUUCACAUAAUUCAAAGAAUUUGGACAACAUCAGAUUCCAUUGUUGACUGGUCACGGCCCUGAAUAGACCUGCAUGUGCAAAUUAACACUAACAAAGACGUCACAAGCAGCAUGCCGUCUAGCUUUUCGUUGGCAUAGCUGGUAGUGGUCGCGCUUGGGGAGUCGGAGGUGGCGGGUUCAAACCCAAUUUCAGGCGAGCGUUGGCCACGUGUACAUCUGAUGGGGGUGCUGUCUUCCAUGUUUGUAUUCAAGUGACCCCUGCUAGCGCAGGACUGCAAAAUAUCUGACCUGUUUCAAAUUUAGCACCACAUAAGUUGCCCCAAAACAAAAAAUCUUAUAUUGGCCACUUUUGCCUGCGGUGUGAACAUAGGUCCAUCAACUGGGUUUGUUAGGAUAUAUUUCCACAGAGGGAGAAUGUCAUGUUGUGUGGAUGUUCUGUAAAUACUGUGUGAAACCUGAGUCUGCAGUCCAGCUCACAGGGUUAGCACCCCUAGUCUGCUGGUACUUCUGUCAGUAACAACACCUGUUAUGCUGUUACUGCUGUCACAUAACUGUUAGAAGGGUCCAUCUCCUUUACCCCUGCCUCUUUUCAACCAAUUCAAGCAUUAUAUAUUCCUUUAUGUAGCUGUGAGCUGCGGUCUGAUGCAUAUCAGUCAAGGUGUUGGCUUCAACAGGGCUUUUAGUGGAGGCCAUUAGAGGCUGUCUUCUCUGUGUGGAUAAACCCAGGAGCGCUGCAGUCCUCAUUCAUGUUUUGUGUCCCACUAAUCUCAGAGUAAUAUGUAUGUAUGUUUCCGAAAACAGGGACACAAAGGGACUCAAUGUAGCAAUGUACUUUUGUAUGUAUUUAUUUUGUUGUUUUUGUGUCUUGCAUCAUUUAUUGCACAGUGUUCUAGUUUUUUUUAAACAUGUAUUUUGUUUUUAUAACUGAUUUAUUGUGCCUCUAUGAAAAGUCAACUGGUAUUUGUUCCUUUUUUGCAUGCAGCAGAAACAGACAACACAUCCAAGGUUCAAGGUUAUCUUUGUCCCACUAGGGGAAACUAGUUUUGUAGCCAGGGUCCACCUAAGAACAAAAUACAAAGGACAUCAACACAAUACAAUCACAGAUUACAAGUAUGUGCAAAGUACUUCCUGUACUUUUAUCACUUUUUCCCCUGUUUGCCUUUAAGUUUGAGUAACUCAUGUUGUGUUACUAUAGAGAAACUACUGUUUUGAUCAGUGAAUGUUGUCUAUAGUUUCUGCUGCUGUGCCUUUGUGUUUCACAACACUGCUCCAUUUAUAGGUUGCUGACCAUACUCUCCUCAGACAGAACACGUUCCUUUAUAAAACACUACAGACACUCAUAACUUUACUAUGUGUUUAUUUGUUUGAAGGGGCCAUGUCUGAAAGGUACCAGUAUAAGUUGUGCUUUGUACCUUAAUGACUGCGAAAUGUUUUUUGGUACAUAUGUAUUGCUAUGUCAACUUAACUCAUAUUUUCAAAUAAAUUAAAUGUGUUGAAAUACA